AUGGGUGGAUGCCCUGGUGACCAUACGUCAGUAGCUACCAACCAUCUUUUGGACCAAGUGACAAGGUUCAAGUGUGGGGGUUUUGUGCUGGGAAUGACAAUAAACCAUUGUUUGACCGAUGGAAUAACAGCAAUGGGGUUCGUAAAUUCCUGGGCUGAGACAGCAAGAGGAAUAUCACCUUCUACCCCACCAUUUCUUGAUAGAUCAAUCUUAACAUCAAGACAACCUCCUAAUAUCAAAUUCCCCCAUGAAGAGUUCUUAGAGAUAAAGGACAUAUCAAACAUGGUUUCCCUCUACCAACAAGACCAAAUGGUAUUUAAAUCCUUCGAUUUUGAUCCCGAAAAGCUUGCAAGAUUGAAGAAGAUAGCCAUGGAAGAUGGAGUGAUUAAGAGCUGCACAAGCUUCACAGUACUCACAGCUUUAGUAUGGCGUGCCAGAAGCAAAGUGUUGAAGAUGAAACCUAACCAACAAACCAAGCUUUUAUUUGCUGUUGAUGGAAGAUCAAAGCUAAUUCCACCACUGCCAAAAGGGUACUUUGGCAAUGGAAUUGUGCUAACAUGUUGUCUCUGCACUGCAGGAGAAUUAAUCGAAAAACCUCUAUCUUUUGCAGUAGGAUUAGUAAAAAAUGCAAUCAAAAUGGUGACUGAUGAGUUUAUCCGAUCGACAAUCGAUUAUUUUGAAGUAACUAGAGCAAGGCCUUCCCUUACUGGCACUCUUUUGGUCACUUCAUGGACUAGACUUGCUUUUAACACUGCAGAUUUUGGGUGGGGAGAGCCAAUUCAAUCAGGUGCUGUGACCUUACCAGAGAAAGAAGUGGUUUUGUUUAUAUCUAGUGGGAAGGAGAAGAGAGGAACCACUUUGCUUCUAGGCUUGCCACUCACUGCCAUGAAAGCCUUUCAAGAGCUUAUGCAAGUUUAGUUUUGAUUCACUGCCAUUAAUGGGACAAGCCCUAGAUGCAGUAUUGAUUAACAAUAUAUGUUUGUGAAGCUAAACUAUGUGAAGAGGAGUGUAGUACUGAGAUAACCAAAAACUAAUUUUCAUUUUUGUACCUUUUUUUUUUAGCAAUAAUACAAAAUCCAAAUAAAACCCAAAAAGUUGUGACU